AUGUCCUCAUUGAGUCCCAUUUCCGAAGAAUCAAGAAAAGUCGAUAAUAGUUACAAUGAAGCUGUAUGCCAGGUAGAGCUCAUGAGAGUUGCACAAUUGAAAGAUCUAUGCAGAUCUUUCUCUUUGAAACUUUCUGGGAAGAAAGUAGAAUUGCAAAAGAGGAUCAUAGAUAAAAUACACAACUGUUUUUAUGAUUCAUCAGAGAUCAUAUCUGACGUGAUUGAAGCUAUAAAAUUGAUCUUAGAGCUUACCAGAAAUGGUGAAGCCAUUUUAGACUACCCCAGUGCUUUGCAGGUGGUGAAACGAGGAAUUCCAGUACAAAGCUUUUUAAAUGCCAAUGGCGGUACUCAACAGUAUAGGGUGUCUUCUAGCUAUUCCCCGGGCCCUUCACAGCAUGUAUCGGGAAGCAUAUCAAAUACUCUGAACCACUCAUCAAUAGGGAAUGCUCAUAAGCCUCUGCACUUCAAGCAAUCGCCAUUUUAUAAAUUGAAAAGGCUUAUACCGGACACCACACAAAAAGUUUUGGUUACCGAUGGGAGAGGUACUUGUAGAGCCAAUUUUGCACUAUCAGAAUCUGACUAUGCAAUAUUGAAAACUGGCAAAUAUAAGUUAUAUUUAUUUUGUGGUUUGUUAACGCCUUUAGGAUCAGGUCAUGACACAAUUGUUCAAUUUCCUUCACCUAAUGAAAUCAGGUUUAAUGGAAUUACAAUAAAGGAUGAUGUUAGAGGCUUAAAAAAUAAACAAGGUACAGCAAAACCCGCUGAUUUGACCCCAUACAUCAGAUAUACAGGUCAGAACAAUAAUUUUGAAUUAAUAUAUGCAUUCACGAUAGCAGAAUUUCUCAUAUCCAUAUAUAUUGUGGAAGUAAUACCACCUGAAGCCCUUCUUCAACAAAUUUUAAAUCAUCCAAAAAUAAUAAAAGCUGCUACUCUAUAUAACUUGAAAAAGAUUCAGGAUGAAGAAGCUCUAGCUGGUGUUUUGACCACUUCCACGAUAAUGAGUUUACAAUGUCCAAUUUCUUUUACAAGGAUGAAAUAUCCAGUACGGUCCAUUAUGUGUAAACAUUUGCAAUGUUUUGAUGGUUUGUGGUUCUUACAUUCUCAAAUGCAGAUCCCUACAUGGCGAUGUCCUAUUUGUCAAUUACACGUGGAUAUUGAUUCGCUGGCAAUUUGUGAGUUUGUGGAAGAUAUUUUAAGUAUUUGUGACGAAGAAGUUGAACAUGUUGAAAUAACCACUGAUGGGGACUGGAAGCCACAUAUAGAGGAGGAGCCAGUGAAAAUAGAGAAAAGACAUAAGCAUUUUCAGGUAAAGCAGGAAGAUAAUGAAGUGCAUUUACCAAGUGAAGAUAUACAGGGAGAAAAUACGUUUGGUAUAGACCGAUCCAACAACCCAGUUGUUAUAUCACUCGAUAGUGAUGAAGAGGAAAAAGGGGAAAAAGAGAUCACAAAGUUUCCUGAGAAUCAUAGUUUCAAUAAAGAUGCUGAAAAUCCACCUGAUACAAGGGCAAAUAUGAAGCAUUACUUAGAUGAUUAUAAAGACAAAUAUACUUUGGACCCAGGCAUAGGAGAAAGUACACCGUUAGGUAAACAAAGGACACCAGAUUAUAACGGUACUUUCACGAACACUCUGGAGAAGUCAGUGAAUGUUUCCAAUAUUUUAGGAGGAACCCCACUCAAUAUUUCAAAUUACGAACUCCGUGACAAGGCUUCAACAAAUUCACCUCUUUUAGAAGUUCUCAAGGAUAGAAUGAAGCACACAAGCGUACCUUCAGCUGACCCGUUAAGAUCGAGAACUGCUGUAGCAGAUAUCACCCAAGAUAACGAACCCACAAUCUCUUCAGAAUCAACUCUCUCAGUUGAAAACAAAUUGCCACCAUUUGAUCCCGUCCGAAGUCCAUCGUCCUUACAUAACAGGGAAUGUGAUAAGUCGCUUCGAUCAUCUUUUCCUAACUCAGAAACAUCUUUGGUUUCAUAUACUAGUCCGGGAAGUAAUAAAGAGUCUAGAUCAUCAGAGGUUAGUACGAUUGGAUCACCAUCUAUACCUACUUUACCAAGAUUGCCAAUUAUGUUGCCAUCGAAAAGAAAUUCACCAACUAUUUUUACCAAUUUGAUUGAUAGCCACUUGACAUCUAGUCCAGAUACGGGGCUUGAGAAGCAACCACUACAAAAACCACGAUUGCCGCCCUUCACAUCGAUUUCAGAAAAACCUAUUGUGGCACCUUUUAUACCAAGGAGAGUUCAUUCGACGACCCUACCCCAGAAAAGACAGCAUUCAACUUCGUCAUCAUUUUUAACAGAAAGUGCUAAUUCUCAUAUGGCCGAGGAAGAUUCUUCGAAUAAAUCUAAAUAA